AUGCGCAGUAGGCGCCGGGCCAUGGUAACCCUGAGUUCGGCACUGCUGGCGACGGCCCUAGGAGGGGGAUUGUGGCUGGCCGUGCGCCGCUACCUGAAGUUUGCGGGCCGGACGCCGGCAGGCAGCCCGGCCGGGGAGCUCAUCAUCAAAGAGCUGGACCUGGCGUCGCUGAGCUCUGUGCGAGCUUUCUGCCGGGAGGUGCUGCAGGAGGAGCCCCGGCUGGAUGUGUUGAUUAAUAAUGCAGGCGUCUUCCAGUGUCCAUACACGAAGACGGAGGAUGGUUUCGAAAUGCAGUUUGGGGUGAAUCACUUGGGCCACUUCUUGCUUACUAACCUGCUCCUUGAGCGCCUUAAGGACUCGGCCCCCAGCAGGAUUGUGGUGGUUUCUUCCAAACUUUAUAAAUAUGGAGAAAUCAACUUUGAAGAUCUGAACAGUGAGCUAAACUAUAAUAAAAGUUUCUGUUAUAGUCAGAGCAAGCUGGCAAAUAUUCUCUUUACCAGAGAACUAGCCCGCCGCCUAGAGGGCACGGAUGUCACCGUAAACGUGCUUCAUCCGGGGAUUGUCCGAACCAAUCUGGGGAGGCACAUCCAUAUUCCCCUGCUAGUGAAGCCCCUUUUCAAUCUAGUGUCGUGGGCUUUUUUCAAAACCCCCGAAGAAGGAGCCCAAACCUCCAUCUACCUGGCCUCCUCAGCAGAAGUAGAGGGUGUGUCAGGAAAGUACUUUGGGGACUGCAAAGAGGAGGAGCUCCUGCCCAAAGCUAUGGACGAUUCCGUGGCCAGAAAACUCUGGGAUAUCAGCGAAGUGAUGGUGGGCAUAUUAAAGUAGCUUUGGAAAGUGUGAGGAGGGGAGGGAGGCGGUGGUUGGUACGAGGGAGCCAGACCAGACCCUCUCUCCGGGCACUUAGACACAACAUACGUUGGCAUGGGGAAAAACCAAAAAUCACCAGGACCUGGGAAGGCUGCCUUGCUAGCAGACACAUCCGGGGCCUUGAAGCGACAGAAAACCCUUCGGCCCGAGGGUUGGUGAAGCUUUUAGCCGAGCAUGAGCUUGGAUUAGGAACAGGGCAGAGGGGACACUAAGGGACACUGGGAUGGGAAGCCCAAGCCUAGACAAUGGGGUUACUCCGUGUUUCGUGGCCGCCAUCUUGCCUUGACUUGUGUUGUGACAAGGGUGCAGAACCAGGGUCCUCGUGGAAGGGGACACGCACUUGUGGGAAUAAACGUUCUCGAUCCAA